AUGGAGGCAGCCGACGAUCGCGACUCGAGCCCGCUCUCCGAGGCGGGCAGCGGCCUUGCAGGCCAGGAAGACAACGGGCUGUCCAGGCGACAAUCCGGGCGUGUUAGGCGGAAACCAGAGAUAUUUUCUUCACAGACCUUCAAUUCGAGCCGUCCAAAGAGGAAGCGCCAGUCCGCGGCCAAUGAAGAUGAAGAUGACGCGUUGAAUGAUACCUCUGAUCAGGCGCGAGAGGAAGAUGAGGAAGACGAUGAACAAGAUGGGGAAACCGAUGCGAGCGAGGGAGAAGCUGACGAAGAGGAGCUGAGAGAGCGCAGACAGGGGAGGAAUAGGGCUGCUGCUGGCAAGAAACAGCAGAAUCAAAGCAGGAAACCCAAGGCCAAGCCGGCUGCGAAGAAACAAAAGAUCGCGAACGGGAUAUCGACCGAGCUUGCCCUGCGUCCCAUCAUGAACGGGCAGAAGCCGAAACCGCAGAGUAGGAAGAAGAAGCCUCGAAUGAGGCAAAGCGAACUUGGUGAUGAAGACGGGUUAUACGCGGAGGUGUUUGGACGCGGUCAUACCACGGAGGCCGUUGCGGCGGAGUGGCUCACAAAAUACGAAGAAAAUAAUAUCAACGGAAUGCGCGACUUGAUCAAUUUCAUCCUAAGAUGCUCCGGAACCGAUAUAAAGGUUGAAAGCACCGACAUAGAGGACGUCGACAACGUUGCCAAUCGCCUGAACGACAUACAGGAGGAAUAUCAGGCACAAGACAUCACCGACUAUCCGCUUGUGUCGAAAGCCAGGAACUUCAAGUCUUUCCAGUCUGUCUUGACCAGCUUCUUUGAUGACCUUAUUCGAACCAUCCACAGUGCGUCUACGCUUUACACCGACCCUGCGCUCAUUGAGAACAUUCAAGUUUGGAUUACCUCGAUGUCGUCCGCCCCGAUCAGACCGUUCCGACAUACCGCUACCAUCGUCUCCCUUACCAUCAUGACCACGCUAUGCCAUAUCGCCCGGGAAGUUUCAUCCAGCGUGUCAAAUACUCGAACUCAACUAGAAACGGAGCGGAAGAAAAAGACUACGAAUAAGGGAAGAAUCAGUGCUUUGCAAACUAAGAUCCAGGAAGGGCAGAAACGGCUCGAAACCAUUGACGAGAUUCUUCGGGACUCGUUUGACACAGUCUUUGUCCAUCGGUAUAGGGACGUCGAUCCCAAGAUCCGACAGGAGUGUAUGGGUCUAUUAGGCUUAUGGAUCGGCCUAUACAAGGACAUGUUCUUUGAUGGUCAAUAUCUUCGGUACCUUGGUUGGGUUCUCUCGGACACUGUAGCCGCUACUAGAUCCGUUGUUGUCCAUCAGCUGCAGAAACUGUUCCAGAAUAAAGACAAUAUCCCCGGAUUACGAGCUUUCACUGAACGGUUCCGUCCCAGGAUAGUGGAAAUGGCAGUUAGAGACGCAGAGCCUGGAGUUCGUGCUGCUACAGUGGAACUAUUAGACGUCAUCCGUGAUGCUGGUCUUCUAGAACCCGAUGACAUUGACAGUAUAGGAAGGCUUAUAUUCGACACUGAGCCUCGGGUCCGUAAAGCUGCCGGAAAGUUCUUUGUCGCAAACAUUGCAGACGUUUACGAGUCUUCAAUUGAGAGUAUGGAAGAAGAAGUCAACGAAUUCUUUGGCGAAGAGGAUGAUGAGAAUUUCGAUUCCCCAAAUCGAUCCUGGAUCAAGUUCAAAUGUCUUGUGGAUAUGUUGCAGGUUUACGAUUCGCAAGAGUCUGAGUUGCACGAUGGAAACGAACAGCCUCCAUCUCGAUCUGCGCCAUUUGGUAGUCCGAUCGGUUCCAGAUUUGUCCUUGCCACCGAAUCCAUUUACCCUCACUUCAAAGAUUUCGAGCACUGGGAAUCUCUAGCCGGGUACUUACUCUAUGACCAUUCGCAGAUCUUAGAGCCGUCAGACGACAGUGAUCCUACAGAUGCCAUAAAGUACCUGUACAAGCUUAAUGAGGGUCAGGAGACCAUUCUUCUAGAGGUCCUAGAAUGCGCUGUCAAACUACACAUCCAAGCUGUUUCGAAGUCAGACGUAGACAAGAAAGGGAGGAAAACGAAGCAAUCGGUGCAAAUGAUGGAGGAGCGCCUGGAGUCUAUUGCACAUAACUUAUCCCAGAUAAUACCUCGACUUUUGAAUAAGUUUGGCGCCGUACCGGAAGCUGCAUCUCCCGUCCUGAGACUAGAACACCUUGUCAACCUUGAUCUUAUCCAGGAUCUACAAAAGGAUGCUGCGGCAUACUCCGACCUUAUGAACAAUAUCAACCAACAAUUUUUGACACAUUCAGACCAAGAAGUACUAGCCGAAGCUACAGUCGCAUUCCUGCGCGCUCGAAACUCCGAUGAGCUCAAAGAAGCCAUGGAGGGCAAGAUUCAAGAACUCUGGGACGACACCAUUGAUUCUUUGAGCAGCAUAUUAGCGGACAAAAAAGGGCCUGAGGUCAUGAGCCUGUCAUUGGGAUCACUCAAGACCCUUUCCAAUACCGUAAUGCGCAUAUCGAAUCUUGCUAGCAUAUCUGAUUGCACUUCGACUCUAGAGGCAGUGCCUCGAUCUACAUCGAAGAAACGGAGUGGGCGCGCAGAAGCCCCCGUGGAUUUACUUCUCUCGUUAGCUAAACGAGGCCUCCGUGAAGAGGAUGAUGACGAGGACGUGAAUAAACUUGAGCAGGAGAUAGCUACGAACACAUUCAAAACAUUAUUGGUUUACUUCAUGUGGAAAAUCCAAAGCUUGACUGCCGCCCUCUCCUCCGGCAGCAACAAGGGCGCAUACAACGCUGGAUAUUUCGAGUCUCUCUCCCAGAGACGCGAAUCGUUCGUUGCAACGCUUUGCGCACUUAUGCAGGCGCAUGGAUCUGGUAUAAAACAAGUCAAACUUGCAGCUACAACGACACUCCUCGAUCUGCAGACUGCCUUUGGUACACUUCGCCAUGCGGGGCCUCCGGGGAAGAAUCUAACUGCCAUGACGGAAAAUGAACUCGCCUUCCAAGUACAAGAAUUACCCCAAGAGAUCACCCCUGAGAUACGUUCCCUCCUUUCCCGCCUUCACGACACCGCCGAACGAACCUUCGCCAAGAAGUCGAAACGGAAGCUAGACCUAGCAGCUGACGCUGAGCCGUUGGAGAGUGAAUCAGAGGUUGAGCUCGAUUCAGACAACGAUGAGGAUGGAAGUGAUGCCGAUGAGAAUGAAGACGAUGUCAAGCGUGCAACGCUCCUUGCUGAACAGAGACUUUGCGAGAUUACCGGCAAAAUCGUCCUAGCUAUUAUCGGUCGGGUGUUGGAUGUUUCUGGCCCACAAGCAGGAAAAUUGCAACGCAAACUUCUCAGAAACAAAUCGCGCCUAGGACAGAACUAUAAAGAGGUUAUUUCGUAUUUGGAAGAUAGUCAAAAAGAGGGUCGGACCGUCCGGAGGCGGGUGGUAUCUAAGGGGAAAGAACCAGAGGGCCAUGAUGCUGCUGGUGCAAAUGGAGCUGCCUCAAACACCCGCAACGGAAAGGUCAAAUCUACAGAAAUGGUAGAAGAUGAGGACGACGAUGAGGAUGAGGAAGAAGAAGAGGCAGCUGUCGGGGAAGAAGAUGACGAAGAGAAUCUACGGGUCAGGGGUCUAGUCGAAGAUGAGGAGGAGCAACAAGACGCGAGUGACGGAGAGGAACGAGAAGAAGCAUCGCCCACUCCAGAUGACGAUAUAAUGGGUGAUUAA